AUGGUGGUAGAGACCCCAACUAGUGGUUCUAUGUUAGCUUCUAAUGUGCGUUUGAAUUGUCCCGUGGAAAUUUCUAGUAAAACAUUCUUGAUUGAUCUAAUUUGUUUGCCUUUGAGCCAAAUUGAUGUUAUUCUAGGUAUGGAUUGGUUAUCUUCUAACCAUGUCUUGUUAAACUGUUUUGAUAAAACUUUGGUGUUUGAUGAUUUUGGAGUAAGUAAGGAUAAGAUGUUUAUCUCUACCAACCAAGUUGUGACAUCUUUAAAAGAAGAUGCUCAAGUGUACAUGACCCUGUCUAACCUGGAAGUAGAGACAAAGGUUUCCAUGGGCGACCUCCCUGUUGUCAGAGAGUUUCCUAAAGUGUUCCCUAAGGAUAUAUCUGGUUUACCACCUGAGAGAGAGAUAGAGUUUUCCAUAGACCUAGUACCUGGUAUUGGACCCAUAUCCAUAGUCCCUUAUAGGAUGUCUCCUAUAGAGUUAGCAGAGCUUAAGAAGUUAGAGGAGUUGUUGGAUAAGUAG